AUGACGCUACGACUGCGUCAAUUGCAGGUGAUCCACCGCCAUGGCGAUCGUACCCCAUUAAACAACAUCUUCAAGGGGAGCAGCAAUGCUCGUUCAGAGGAGAAAGAGGCACUUCUGUGGGAUCUGAAGCUGCCUACACCGACGCAACUUUGUUCCAAGUUCAGAGUCCAGACGAGCGGAAACGCUGUUCAGAGCUCACUUCAGCAGCGGCCAUUCGGAUAUUUGACGGUUCAAGGUAUUAAACAGAUGAGGAGCCGUGGAAAUCGACUGCAAGAAUAUUGCAAGGAGGAGCUGCGACUUGAUACAGUCACAUCCGAGCAGCUGCAGAUCUAUAGUAGUGGGUACACACGCACUCAACUCAGUGUACAGGCAUUACUGGACGGUUUGCUGAGUGAUGAACCUCAAUUGAACCCUUCACUGAGUGUGCUCCCACCAGAAAAAGACAUGAUCAACACGUACGGAGUUUUUCCGGAGAUCAUGAGGAUAAAGGCAGAUAUUGAAAAGAAUAACGGUGAAUUUGCGGCUCGUGAGCACGAGAUGGCUCCGAUUAAGCAAGAGUUAAUGCGAUUGUUUCCAGCCAUACACUCGGGUCAAAUCCCUUUCACGUGGCUAACUGCUGCCGACUACUUCGUUUGUCGGCGUGCUCACCAGGCCCCUUUCAUUCCUGGUACCGAAGUGCACGGCGAUGUCGCCGAAAAACACCUUGCUUUCCGAUUCCAUCAGUUUUACUCUCAUCGGACGAUUUUAAAGCUCGUGGCUGGACGCUUGAUGCAUAAUGUGCUCCGAGAGAUGCAAAAAGCUUGUUUGGACCACUGCGAAAGCAAGAAGAUUAUAAUCUACAGUGGACACGACGUAGGGCUGCUGUCGGUCCUUCGAUCAAUGGACGCUGAAAUUGCAAACGAUAUCGGGUUCUGGCCCGAUUACUCCUCGGCUCUCACGCUUGAGCUUCUGGAAAAUGAGAGUGGAAAGUUUUUUAUUCGUGCUAGACUUAAUGGCGAAAUCCUAGCACUGAGCGAGGCUCCCGACGGUCUUUACCCAUCUGAUCGCUUCCGUGACGUGGUCUUGGAUCACAUUGGAGGUCACGCUGACUAG